CCUCCGCCCCAUCCCCUCCCCACACCUGACCACUUGACCGCCUCCACUGACCGCCGCCAUGGGCAUACAGACGAUGUCGAACGGGGAGCAGGCGCACGCGGCGGCGACCGGCGGCGGCAAGGAGAAGCGCCCCCUGCCGGAGCGCGAGAGCUGGCAAGGUCGCUUCGACUUCAUCCUGUCCUGCGUGGGUUUCGCCGUCGGGCUGGGCAAUGUCUGGAGGUUCCCCUACCUGUGCUACAAGAACGGAGGAGGAGCUUUCCUCAUCCCGUAUUUGAUCUGCCUCGCGACAGGAGGAGUUCCGAUGUUCUUCCUGGAGAUCUCGCUCGGGCAGUUCAUGCAGCAAGGAGGAAUCACCGUCUGGAACAUCUGUCCGAUCUUCAAAGGUUGUUUGUUUCACACGAAGUAUGUUGUUUACUUCACGGCGACCUUCCCCUAUGUUGUGCUCUUCAUCCUACUCAUCCGGGGCCUGACGUUAGAUGGAGCCAUCGAUGGCAUCAUCUACUACCUGAAGCCAGACUUCAGCAAGCUUGGAGAUUCCGAGGUGUGGAUCGACGCGGGCACACAGAUCUUCUUCUCGUAUGCGAUCGCGCUGGGCGCGCUGACCGCUCUGGGAAGCUACAACCCCGUGCACAACGACUGCUACAAUAUUUCUGUAAUGUGUCUAAUACGGCUGGCCUCCUCUCAUCCACAGUUUGUUGGUGUGGAGGGAUUCGUUACCGCGGUGAUCGACACAUUCCCGCGCUACCUGCGCGGCGGCAGCAGACGAGAGUUGUUCAUCGCAGUCGUGUCGGCAAUCUCUAUCCUGCUGGGGCUGCCCAUGGUGUUCCAGAAUGGUCUGUAUGUAUUCUACCUGUGGGACCACUACGCUGCUAGUGGCAUGACGCUGCUCUGGUUCUGCCUGUUUGAGAGCAUCGCCAUCGCCUGGGUUUACGGCGGCAGCCGUUUCUAUGACAACAUUGCCUUCAUGAUCGGCUACAGAAUCAACCCGUGGUUCCGGAUCGCCUGGACCUUCCUCACACCUCUUGUGACGACGGGAAUCCUCCUGUUCAGCAUAAUCCGGCAUACGCCGCUGUCGAUCAAAACGGGAGCGAUCACCUACAACUACCCAGCGUGGGCGCAGGGUAUCGGCUGGUGCUUCGGCCUCGUCUCCAUGAUCCAGGUGCCGAUCUACGCCGCCUACGCCCUGCUGACGACCCACGGAUCGUUACGGCAGCGACUGGUUACCCUGACGACGCCCAUCCUGCGGCUGCCUCACCACCAGCAGGGGGCGCCGGCGCUGCCGCUCAACACGUCGCCAUAUGGCGUUAACGCCAGUGGAAAGGUCGUCGCCAUGGUCAACUACAGCAAGGUCGACUCCGAGCCGGCAAAUAGCGACGCCGUAUAACGUCGGCCAAUCACAGUCUCUGCCUGCACAUGGCGCCGCCGUAUAACGUCGGCCAAUCGCAGUCUCUCUAUCUGCAGCAUACUCAAGUGCCACCGCGACCUUGAACCGUCGGCGGAACGCUCGGGCGUCGUUCUACAUAUCAGUGCGUGCCGCAAGCGCUAGGGCGCCCCCUGGUGGAUUCCUCGGCAGCAGAUCAAUUGUCGUCGUCGUGGCCAGUUUUGUUUGUAGGUAGAAUUCGUUUUCUUGGUAGAAAACUGGUUAGAAGACUCACCCCGAAUCCAAUCCUCUAGUGAUUUAGUUGGUGUUCUCCCUACUCAUAUAUG